AUUUUAUUUAUAUGUUAUAUUUGAUAACUGACUAUAAGUAAAUAUAAUAAAAUUCUAAAAAAUAAAAUAUAUUUUUAAAACAUAAGACAAUUCUUAAAUAUGUUGUGUUUUUAUCUGAAAUAAUAUUUCUUACUAUAAAAUAAAAAGUUUAAUUUUUUAUCUUUUUAAAAACAUAAUUAAUAAUUUCUUAUGUUGGUUUUGAUUUAAUAGUUAUAAACAGAUAAAUAUCUAUAAGAACACUAUGCCCAUAUGUGCGGACAAAACACCUAGUAAACUAUACAUAGAAUAACAAUUUCAGUUAAAAUUCAUAAAAUUAUAUCAAGUCUUUUAAAAUAUAAAAAAAAUGCUGAAUGUUUUUAAUAAAAAUAUAAUAAAUUUUUGAUUAUAUUAAUUUUCAGAAUGGAUUUAUAAAGGUAUUAUAUUUUUAAGUUUUUGAUAUUUUCUCAAUUAAAAUAUUAUUUAAUAUUAGUAUUUUGUAAAAAAAAAUACUUCAUCUGUUUCAUAAUAAUACUUGAUGUUUUGCAUUAGUGCUCAAAGAUUAAGAACACUACAUUUAAAAAAAAAUGUAUUUAAAUUUUAUAAUUUUAAAAUCAGUUAACCAAUUAUUAAAAAGACUGUAAAAUCUAAUUGGUUGAACAAUUUCCAAUAAAGUUAAAGUUAACCUUAAAAUCUCAAAACUUCAUGUAAAUUGAAACAAAAUAAUCCUUCUAAAACAUCUUCUAUAUUGAAACGGAGGAAGUAUAAAAGAUUAAGGGGCCAAAAGUUUUUUUAUUGCUUCUAACUCCAUAAACCGGCACUAAGAUUUCUGUUUUCAUAGUCUUUUUUCUUUAUUUUCUAGUAUUAUAGCUUCAUUUAGGUUGAGGAUAUUUUUCUUUUCCGCCGGCUUUCGUAAUACGAGAUAUUUUCUUGUAAUGAUUAUCGUAGAUUGCUCGACGGGUUCUAGAGUAAAUUUUUUUGGAAGAAAUCUCUUCUAGGACAACAAAGAAAAUGAUCGAUUUUUAUCUCGAGAAAUUUUAACAUGUAAGCAAUGAAGGUGACUGCAGUCCGCUAUAUAAUGCAGAAAAGCAUUUCCAUUGUUAAAAAGCGUGGAACAAGAUCAUCUGAUAUCAAUGUAUUGACAACAUCCAACCAAAUUUCAAGACCUCAUCAUUGAUUUUUUUGUAAUCAUAUUUGUCAAAUCAUAUUUUGUAACCGGUUAGAUUGUUUCUCAAGAGUUUGUUGUAGGUUUCUUGAUGCGAUGUAUCAUAUCAACUUUUUUUUCAUAUCAAUAUCAACUUUUCUGUUACCGUCUUCGAUAGAUAAUAUUCAAUAAAAGAACUUUCUGUAAAUGUAGCUCUGGGGCGGUUCCAGGUAAAAAGGAAGUGUCCACACUGAUUUUUUAUUUAUUUUUAAUAAUUAAUCAAAAUUUAUUUAUAUAUUCCUAAUUUAUAUACAAAUUAAACCUUGUGCCCCAUACUAAAAAAUGUUCUCGGUCCGCCCCUGACUCUGCUCACUUACUAUCUCUGUACAAAAAGAUCGCAUUGCUUGGAAGAGGUUAUUCCCUUCACUAAUAUUUUAUGAUUAAUAUCAAUGUGGUUGUUAUAAUCGCUAAAGUUUGGUGAUUUCGAAAGUAGCAUUUGCAGGCAUGUUGCAAGAAUGAGACUAGUGAGAUACUUCACUAGAGAAUUCGGUAAUCGUAAAAAAAAAAACACUCACAGUACGAAUAUGCGUGCACUCCAAGAUAACUUAGACAACAAACUCCUCUAGAUUCAUAAGAUGAUAACUCCUCUUCGUUUGAUUUGAGUAUAGAGAAGAGAGAACACAAGUGAAGUUUUGUGUGGUUUUAGGUGAGAAUAUGCGUUAGUAAUCUGAUAAUUCAAGAACUAGCAGAUUCCAAGCUCAAACACAACUCAAGAACUAGCAGAUUAUAAUAAGCAAGCACUUCCACAUUGGUGGGUCAAGAAUUUUGAUUCAAAAUGUUAAGAUCAAAAAAGGAAGAUGAAUGAUAAUUACCUGCUUGAGCUUGCCGGUGAGAUCAAUCAUGCUUGCUUGAAUCUCUAGAAACGCCUGUGUUACAACUUACAUAUUUUAAACCUUAAGAUAUGUAACUAUUAGAAUCAAAUUCGGUAAUUACAGUUCUGGUUGCUUCGUCCGCCAUAUGUGCAGAUCCUUCCAACUUAGACUGGUGUCUUUCGUUUCUUUUUAGAGUUGGGUUAAACAAAGCGAAAGUGACGAUAUUCGUUCGAACCGGGCCGGGUUGUUGUGUUGGAGGGAAAAUAUCAAUUAAACCCUCCAACUAUUGACAACUUGACAAAAUAACCCCAAUUGUUUGUAUUUUGUGAAAUUAAUGGGUUGAUGUAUAUCUUGUCAUUAAGAAGUCUUUUGUUUGAAUGUAUUGUGUUCCGAUAAUGUGAAAUCAAAAUCUGGUUGAGUUUGCAUUCAUAUUAAAGCCUCCAUAUGUUGACAAAACAAGUGUUUUAAGUGGAUGUCGAACUAAUUAAUGAAGAUUUAUGACAAACCAAAUGUUGACUGACAAAAAAAGUCUCUUCGUUUCAACAAAAAUGAUAAAGAGUUAUGGAUCAUAUUUUGAGUUUAAUGAUUGACACUUAUUUAAAAAAAGUUAAAUGAAAUGUAACUAUAAAUCUGGUGACACGACACCAAAUGGUUUAGGUGGUACUCAUGAUAACCCAAAAGAAAAUAGUUGGCUCUAAUCCAACAACGCAUGCUUCAAACCAAAGUGGUUUGACUCUUACCAAACACAACAUCUCAUUACUGACUCGAUUAAAACCCAUAUAGCUUAUAAAUAAACCCGACCAAACUUAAAAAAAUUAGACAAGCAAACGUCCCAAAAUGGAACCUCAAGAAACAGAGCCACCACCUCGAAAACAACUUAGACAGCCUCCUUCUGUGCCUUUCGUUUGGGAAGAACGACCUGGCUUCCCAAAGAAGAACUGGCAACCUUCACUAGCCACCUUCGUGCCUUCUCCUCCUCCUCUUCCUCCCCCUAUACCAGUCCCGGUUAAGCUGGUCACAUCGGUUCCUUUCCGUUGGGAAGAGACCCCUGGUAAACCGGUCCCUUAUUCCACAAACGACCAACCUAAGCUUCCGCAGCCACCUUCAGAAACCGUCACGACUCCUCAUCCGUUACCACCUCCGGUUCCAGUUCCGGUUAAGCUAGUUACAUCGGUUCCAUUCGACUGGGAAGAAACUCCUGGUCAACCGUACCCUUGCUUCGUUGAUUUCAACCCACCUGACCCGUUGGAUCAACCGCUGCCACCACCUCCCAUGUCCGGUGCUGGUGAGGAGGUUGAAACCAGCAGCGAUACUUAUGAUGACGCAAGCAGCGACUCCUUCAGCUCUGUACCCAUAUCAGGUGCUAUUGCUGCGGAUGACAACCUGACAUCUCCAGGCUAUGAAUCUGAUGACAGUACGAGCAGUUACAUGACAGGAGCUUCCAGCCUCGUGGGAGCUUCCUUCUUGGAAAAGCUUUUUCCACGUCUUCUCCCACAGGAAAAGGCUAAAGCUGCUGAUUCUACUGAGGGUUUUCAUGACUCUACUCGUCCAUUGCAUGAAGAGGUGAACCUUACGGCAGAUUCUGGUAACAUGAAGAUUGGCUUUCCGGUGAAAAUGCCGCAGACGCUCGGGGAGCUGAUAAUGCUGAGUAGAAAGAGAAGCUAUAUGAGAAGAGCUGUUGCAAUGAGGAAUCACAAUCCUUCCAUGCAGGGAUUUACAGUGAAUGGAGCUGAGAGGUUCUGCAUCAAAAUGAAACAAGGACAUGAGUGGGAAAAAUACCAACCGAGGCUGAAGCUUGUUUAGAAGAAAACUCUUAUUUAAACUAUGAACUUGUAUUUGUACAAACAGAUGCGAUAUUGAACUCCCAAGCUCUUUCUUAUGCAAAACGAUACAAUUCUAAUUA